UGCUAUCCCAUAAUGCCUUCACUGCUGACACUCACACGUACCAGAAUAACACCCAGGGCCCCCAGCACCAGAAUAACACCCAGGGCCCCCAGCACCAGAAUAACAGCCAGGGCCCCCAUCACCAGACUGCACCAGGGCAGACUUUCAGCAUCCUUAUAGAUGAUCCCUCCAACUGUGACUGCACCACUUGUGGGAGAACAUUCCCAUCUAAAGCCUGCAUGGAGAGUCAUCAUCAACUUAUACAUAACAAAUACUGUGAUGUCUGCAACAGCAGGCUUGAUGAGGAGUCAAACAUUGAAGAGCAUGGCUUGACCCACACUGGACUAAAGCCCCUACAAUGUCAGUAUUGCUAUAGGCUCUUCAACACAAAGACUGGCAUAUUCAAUCACACAGCCAAAGACUUAUACUGCACUUUAUGUGACAAGAGCCUUCACAUAUCAGCAAGGUCAAAACAUCUCAGAUUUCAUAAUUUCAAAUGAAAAUUAUGAAAAAUUAGGACAAAAGCAUGUAUAAUGUGACAUUAAUGAGAGGAGGUAUUUUGCUGUUUCAGUUCUAAUAGUCUGCUACAUAAACCAAGCCACUAUUGCAUUUUGCAUUUUAGUUUACUUACACGAUUUAGUUAGAUAUAAAAAUACAUAGAUAUUUUCUAAUGUGCACGUAUUGUUAUAUUGUAAAAACACAUUAAUUUCGAAAAUGUCCCAGCAAUUUCUGAAACCAUGAAAAUGGUAUUUGUAUAAGUGGGUAAAGUUGGCUGCAUAUUGG